CCCCCAGAGGCUGUGGGUGAGCCUCCCUCCCUGCUCUCCUGCCCAGCGUGCCCCCCAUGGCACAGUGGGCCCCAUCGCUGCUGAGCAAGGUCUGACUCACAGGACAAUGGACACAGCCAGUAGAUUGGAGAGAUACGUCCAUGCUAGGAGAGACAGCCUCCCUCAUGGUGUGAAUGGGGCAGUGAGCUUUGGGGACAGAGCUACAGCGAAUGGGACCACCGCCUUCAGGGACCCCACUGCUAAGCCCAGGGAGACCACAUCCCAUGGGGACUCCACAGACCCUGGGGAUGGUACAAUCAUACCUGGAGAUGCAGACGCUGCCAUGCUCCAACCUGAAGACAAUGAUGCUUCCAGCGCCACUGUAGACACUGCCACCAUCACCGUCACCCUCGGAGAUGAUGACAGCGCCAGCAUCGACGGACGCAUCAGCUCCAUCCCUGGAGAUGAUGACUCUGCCCCUGGAGACGGAGACAUCAGCCCUGUCCUCGGAGACGGAGAUGCCACCAUCGCCCCUGGAGACGAUGACAGCUCCAGCACCAACGGAAGCAUCAGUCCCAUCCCUGGAGAUGAUGGUGCCACCCCCCGCAAUGGAGACACAGCCAUCACCCCCGGAGACACAGCCAUUGUCCCUGGAGAUGCCACUGUUGCCCCUGGAGACAAAGCCAUCGCCUCUGGAGAUGCCACCGUUGUUCCUGAAGACUCCACCAUCACCCUUGGAGAUGCCAUCGUCACCCCUGGAGAUGGCACCACCACCCCCAGAGACACUGUCACUCCUGGAGACACAGCAAUUGCUCCUGUUGGUGAUGAUGUCACUGUCCCCGGAGACGCCAGCCCUGGCUCCAGGGACGUUGCCUCUGUAGAUGUCACCACCGCUGUGAGGGAAACUACCGCUGGAGACCUCACCAGCACUGCAGCUCCUGGAGACAUCAUCACCUCCCCCUUUGGGGCCACCCCUAUGCCUGGAGAGAUGGUUAUCUCUAGAGACACCAGCCCGGCUGAGCCGACCACUCCCAGCCAGCUCAGCCCUCUGGGGCAGCCUGGCAUGCCUAGGGACAGUGGCAUCCCCAGGGAGACCACCACCUCUGCUGUGGCCAUCAGUCCUGCAGCCAGUGUGACCCACGGUUGGAUCACUCCCUUUGGGGGCACAGAGACCCCAGGCCGGGGCACCCAAGGGAGCCUCACUGUUUCCGGAGAGACCACCACAGCCCCUGGAGACGCCACCAGCACCGGAGACACCACAGCUGUCACCAUUAUCUCAAGAGACACCGUUGCUUCCGCCGCCCUUGGAGACAACAUCACCGUUUCUGGAGGAGACACUGACACCCUCAUUGCCUGCCCUGGAGAUGCCGCCAAUGCCCUCCGAGACUCCAACACCUCCCUUGCCACCCCUAGUGACACCACCACCUCUGGAGACGCUGGUGCUGCUGCCUCUGGAGACGCCAGCACCACUGAAGCUGGAGACACAGGAGUUACCACCACUGCCCCUGGAGACAACACCACCACUGCCAUCCUUGGAGACACCACAGCCCCUGGAGAUGCCACUGCCCCUAGCGACACCAUCAUCCCUGAAGAUAGCAUAGUCCCUGGAGAUGUCACAAUUAACACCACAAACCCUGGAGAUGCUACCGUCCCUAGAGUCCCCAUCCCCACCACCAGCACUGCCCCUGGAGAUGCUAUACUCCCUGGAGAUACCAUCACCACCAUCACUGUCACCCCUGGAGAUGCUGAAGUCCCUAAAGACUUCAAAAUCCCUGGAGAAACCACCAACAACACCUGUGGAGACACCAUAAACCCUGGAGAUACCACCACCACUGCUGCUGCCCCCAGAGAUACCACAGUCUCUGGAGACAUCACCACUACCACCAUCCCUGGAGACACCACACACCCGAGGGACACCACCACUGCUGCCCCUGGAGAUGCUGCAGUACUUGGAGAUACCACCACCACCAUAGCCACCCCUAGAGAUGCUGCAGUCCCUAGAGAUGCCACCACCAUCACUGCCACUGCUAAAGAUGCAGCAGUCUCUGGAGACUCCACCAUCACCACCAACACUGCUCCUGGAGACACCAUCACCAUCACCAUCACUGCUGCCCCUGGAGAUGCUGCAGUCCCUGGAGACACCACCACCAUUGUCACCCCUGGAGAUGCGGCAGUCCCUGGAGACACCACCACCACCCCUGGAGAUGCAACUGCCCCUGGAGAUGCCACCACCAUCACUGCCCCUUCUGAAGAUGCAGCAGUCUCUGGAAACUCCAUCAUCACCACCAACACUGCUCCUGGAGAAGCUGCAGUCCCUGGAGACACCACCACUGUCAGCCCUGGAGACAACAACAUCCCUGGAGACACCACUACCUCCUCCCCAGGAAAUGCCACCACCAUCACCGCCCCUGCUGAAUAUGUGGCAGUCUUUGGAGACCCCAUCACCACUGCCAACACUGCCCCUGGAGACACCACCACUGCUGCCCCUGGAGAUGCUGCAGCCCCUGGAUACACCCCCAUCGUCCCUGGAGACACUGAAAUCCCUGGAGACACCAUCACCAGUGCCCCUGGAGAUGCUGCAAUCUAUGGAGACACCAUCACCACCACUGCCCCUGGAAAUGCUGCAGUUCCUGGAGACACUACCACUGCCCCUGGAGAUGUUGCAAUCCCUGGAGACACCACCACUGGCCCUGAAGACACUGAAAUCCCUGGAGACACCAUCAUUACCACUGCCCCUGGAGAUGCUGCAAUCCCUGGAGACACCACCACUGCCCCUGGAGAUGAUGCAAUCCCUGGAGACACCCCCACCAUCCCUGGAGAUACUGAAAUCCCUGGAGACACCAUCACCACCAUUGCCCCUGGAGAUGUUGCAAUCCCUGGAGACACCACCACUGCCCCUGAAGACACUGAAAUCCCUGGAGACACCAUCACUACCACUGCCCCUGGAGAUGCUGCAAUCCCUGGAGACACCACCACUGCCCCUGGAGAUGCUGUAAUCCCUGGAGACACUGCCACUGCUGCUGCCCCCAGAGAUGCUGCAAUCCCUGAUGACACCACAGCUGCCCCUGGAGACGCUGCAAUCCCUGGAGACACCACCGCCACCGCUGCCCCUAGAGAUGCUGCAAUCCCUGAAGACACCACCACCGCUGCUGCUCCUGGAGAUGCUGCAAUCCCUGGAGACACCACCACUGCUGCUGCCCCCGGAGAUGCUGCAAUCCCUGGAGACAUCACCACCACCGCCCCUGGAGACAAUACCUCCAUCACCGCCACCGCUGGAGAUGCAGCAGUCCCCGGAGACACCACCACCACCACUGCCACCCCUCGAGACAGCACAGGCUCUGGAGAUGUUGCCACCACUGCUGCUUCCAGAGACCUUGUGGUUCCUAGAGUUUUCAUCACCACCCCUGACCCUGGAAACAUCACCACCACUACCAUACCUGGAGACACUGAUGCCCCUGGAUAUGACAAUGACUUUGCUGACACACUUGAAGACACCACCUUCAUCACCGUCCUUGUAGAUACCACAGUUCCUAGAAUCAUUGGCACCACUGCUUCCCAUGGAGACACCCCCAUGGAUCCUGGAUACACCACCACCGCCAUGCCUGGAGACGCUACAGUCCCUGGAGACACCACCACCGCUAUGCCUGGAGAUGCUACAGUCCCUGGAGACACCACCACCACCAUGCCCGGAGACCCUACAGUCCCUGGAGAGACCACCAGUGCCACCCCUGUAGAUAGCACAGUCCCUGAAGACAUCAGCACCACUGCUGGCCAGGGUGACACCCCCACAGUCCCUGGAGACACCAACACCGAUGGCCCCGGAGGCACCACUGUCCCUGGAGAUGCAGCUGCCACCACAGAUGAUGCUGGAGAUGCAACUGUCCCUGGAGCUUUCCCAGUCCCUGGAGACGCUCCUGCCACCACAGAUGGCACCAGAGAUGGCACUGAUACCCCUGGAGACACUGCUACUGCUGCCCUUGGUGAUGAUGGGGAUGAUGCCCGUGGAGGCGACACUGCAGCCACCACCCCUGGAGAUGAUCAUGAUGCCCCAGGAAACACCAGGGCCCCCAGAAAGUCCAUCAUCCUCGCGCCCCAGACCCCCUGGCCAUACCGGUCCAUGGGGCUCAUCAGCUUGCUCUGUCUCUUCGUCACCGUGGGCCUGCUCACCGGGAUUGUUGCGGUUGUCUGCUAUGUGAAGGUUAUUACCAUCAGCUCUGCCGCCUUAAUGGAGUCAGUGGCGAGUUCAUUUCCUUGAGGUCCUUCUCUGGGGUGGUACCCCCAGAUCCCCAAUGUGCCACCUUGGGAGGGGGACUUGGGGUGAGUUGCCCACAUGGGCUGCAAUGGAAUAUGAGGAAGACACUCAUCUAGCCGCUCCCCAUUUAAUAGCAUACGUAAUCAGUUUCCAGAGUCCCCUGUCCUAGGGAAGACUGCAGCAUCGCGGUGUGUCAGGAACUGGAUGAAGGAGACUGGAAAGUAUAUGGGACUGGUUCAUCUAAUCACAAAAGCCACCUCUGGUCCAUACAGAGUCAGAGCAAGGGUCCAUUCAAGUUGGGGUGCCACCAUCUGCCCUUGCCAGUCCCUCUGGCACAUAUGGGAGCAGACCCAGGGGUCCAUCGUUCAUUGGAUCAGAGCAACGGGCCCCCCACAGCCCAAUACUGCAGCUACUCAGAUACCUGAUGUGCAGCAUUGCUUUGCGGCUGUUAAGUGGCUUCCAAAAACCCACCCCAGAGGUGGUUGUGGUUAAGUGCCGGGCGAGCGAGCCCCAUGCCACAUUGCUGUGUGGGUGUUAUCCACCUGUCCCACCCCAGAAGCAGCCACAAUUCAGCAGUAGGCAUGUGGGCUUAAUAGCAGUUUGUCAAACUUUUGAGCUGAACCCCUCGUUGU